CGUAUGCAAUGAUGUUUGUGAACGGCAUGGCAUUACAGUCAACAGGUGUACAUAAGUAAAACGUUAAUCCCGACUCUCCUUCGCCAAGGAAGCUAUCUAGUUGAGUUGAUACAGUAUCUCUCCUCUCCCCUGCAGCUCCAACUGUAGGUCCAAGGUUGAACGACUCGGUCGUUGCAGACCCUCAGUUCACAGUGGCCAUCCCAGGCAGCGACGGGAACUCUCUCUGGCUACGAGGUUCACGGAGAGGCUGGGCGCUACUUCAACCUCAUCUCAGAUACCUGUGUCUCUGCAAAUGCCUACUACACCGCCAUGCCAUCCGACGUACAGAGAAAUAGAAUAAGCAAGAUAGGAGUGAAGGCCUCGUCAGGAGGCCCUGAGGGGUGUGUGGAGGUCGAGGUUGAUCUGGAGUUGUGUGUGGCGUGGGUGGGAGGGAGAGAGGUGGAUGGGUCUGUCACCAUUAGUCAGGUGAGGGUGAGUCGAGUGAUGAUCAACCUGUGGAGGGUGGCAGUACCCAACUACCAGCGACCUGGGCUGGUAAUGUGGGUCACCUGCAUGUCCAACAGACUUUGCUUCGACGUCAACCGAGGCUCCUCCCUCCGCCCUUCCUCCCACGGUCUCCUCGGUCAGUUCUGGAACAUCCCAAUAUCAGUGGGUGACCUGGACUCCGAUAGCUCUCCAGACAUAGAACUCUACCAGCCAGGCCACCCCAGCUACCGCCACUUCCCCGCUCUCUUCUACCAUCUCGUCUGGGAUCUCUCUGAUGACGGCUGCUACUAUGUGGGCAACUCCCAGGGUGGCCCAGAGGGGUCACGUGACCCAAUCAACUCUGUGAUUGAGGGGUCUUACUCUCAGUACAUUGUGGAUGGACUGUUUGAUACAGAGUUUGAGUACGAGCGGUUUGAUGAAAAUGCCUGUUGAGGUCGAACCUUUCAAGAUAGAGUGCCAUUGUUUGUAGUUUGGACUAAAAGUGUAAGAGUUUGUUAUUUGUUUCAUAUUGCCUGAAAUUCAUAAGUUUUUUUGUGCAACUAAAAACACUGCUGAAAGCUUUCUAUAUGGAUU